AGAAGUCGUCCGUUUCAUUUCAGGAGCUGACAAAUACAGCCAUGAAGAGCCUCAAGUUUCUAGCGGCAGAAAGUUUUGUUCAGAAUGGUCCAAAUGCUUGUAGGAGCCUUCACUGCUUGUCCUACAAUCUUUACCCAAUUCUUUUCAAAGCCAGCUAUCUGCGUGAGCAGGCAACAGUGCUCCAUGACUUGGUACAGACGUGGCCUCUCACAGAACUCAGCUUGCGUAAGUUAUUGGGCAACACAGUGGACUGCCCUGAUGACCUUACCUCCCGUACCUGCAGGCUUUGUCUAAAGGCCUUUCUAUCAGGUUUAAAGGACUAUGUGCUCCAGGCUCCAAACACUUAUGCCAAAAUGCUACGUACAGUAGAUAUGAUUGGACUGCAAGAUACAGAACACCAGGCCUGUCCUUGUAGACGUAGGCUUGGCCGCUGGGCACGAACUGAGCUGCUUACCCGUAUGUGCUAUGAGACUAUGGUGAACAUGCAGGAUGGCAAUGCCGCACCUUCGGCCUUUGAAGUGCAGGUAGACGUUCGACUGGAUGCUUUUAUUACUGGAAGAAACUACGAGCCGGUGAUCCACGCUCUGUUGCUGCGCAGACACUGCCCAUUAAAGCUGCAGUUCAUAGGCCUGCGGGUGGACUCGCUGAUCCUAAGGAACCUCUUUUACCUGCUGAAACUGGUGGAAUCACAUGACCUGCAAAAGCUGGAAGUGGUGCACAACGUACACCUGGAAGCUCCACACAUUGAAGUGAUGCUCUCCCAACUGAAGUUCCCUCAUCUGCGCUCGCUAACGUUCCCGGCGCAGGCGCUGAACGUACACAGGUUGGGUCCGGAUGACCAAGGCCUCUUGGGACUUCUGGGUGAGCUGAUGAGCAAACUUACAGAGCUGAGAGAGCUCUACCUUAGCUUCUCCACCCUGACAGGACACCUGAGGAAACUUCUGAGUCCUCUGAACACUCCACUGCAGUGUAUUGACCUAUCAAACUGUAACCUCAAUGGAAUAGACAUGGCCUAUUUCGCAAAUAGCCUUCACAGUGAGCACCUAAUAAAGCUGGACCUGGGUGGUCACGAAAUAGCAGAUCUCUUUCCCAACACCUUCCGGAAGCUUCUGCAUCGCUGUUCAGCCACGCUCACUAGUUUAGGACUUGAAGAGUGUGGACUGGGUGAUGAGAGUCUGGAUCUGCUCACCCAAGCAUUGGCACCCUGUAAUAACCUACAGGAAUUAAAGCUCUUGGGCAACCCAUUCAGCACAUCCGCCCUGCGCCAGAUUUUCAACAUGCUGGCUGAAGGUUUUCCUGCUUUGAGAUAUGUUGAACUGCCCGUCCCACGUGACUGCUAUCCUGAUGAUGCGACCUACCCAAUGGAUGACUGUACCCUACUAAAUUAUGACAGAGAAGAGUUCCAGCAAGUUCGGACUGAACUUGUGGGUAUCCUAGAAACAGCAAGAAAAGGCCAUGUGGAAGUUUGCACACCAUUGUCGGGAGUCUAUGAUCCUGACAUCAAUGAGACGAGUAAUGAGCUGGGGGUCUCCAUGCUGCAAUCUUUCAACAGUGUUAUAGGCAACUUCAUUGAUACUGUGAACAGCGUUACCCAGGACAGACAGCAGAGAAUGAUGGACUGAACUGUUCAUAGUAAACUUGGUAAUGGAUUGUAUAAGAGAAAGUUUAUAUAUAUAAAAGGUAGAUGGGAGUAAAUGCACUGAAACAAUGAAGCUAAUAAAUCUGUAUAUCUAGCAAUAUGUACAAGGGAACCUAGGUAAAAAGGGCACUAAAACACACCAAGUAAGCUUAGUUAACAUACUAUUUUUAUGCAUUAAUUCUGUGCUUAAUAUAGAAAAUAUUAGUCUUUAGUACUUGAUAAAGUUAAGAACAUCCAAGUGUAGCUAUUUUGAGACACCAUCUAUUUUUAAGUAUUACUGCUACUUAGUAUUAAGUGCAUUAACAUAUUACUGUAUUUUUAAUAAGUAUACUUGUAGUGUAUAACUUUACACUUUAAUUUAGCACAAAUUAUUCAAGUAUACUUUUACCUGGGAACUAAAAAAACUGCAUCUGUAUUUGCUGUGAAAUUUAUUAUUUUUGUGUCAUUUAAAGUAAUUUGAGGCGGUUUAACAUUUAUUACUGUAGCAAUGAAACUGUAAUUAAGUUGUAAAUGCAAAUGUAAUAUUUAUGUAUAUUGUGUAUUUAUUUUUGUAGAGUAAUACAAACAUGGACUUUAUCAAAAUGCAUUGUGAUUAAACAGUCCAUGAUGAACAUU